CUUGCUGGGAUCUUCAUGGAUUCGCUUGCGGCAGCAUACACAAGGUUUGGGUUUAAUCUUUUCCAAAAGCUGAAUAAGACAAAAGAUGGCAACAUCUUCUUUUCCCCCGUGGGCAUUUCAGCUGCCAUCGGCAUGCUCGUCUUCGGGACCCAAGGAGCCACCGCGGCCCAGUUACGGAAGAUGCUCUCUUCUGAAAAAGAGGCAGGGAACUCAAGAAUCAAAGCCGAAGAAAAAAAGAUUGAGAAGACAGAAGAGAUACAUCACCAAUUCCAAGAGUUUUUGAGUGAGAUAGGCAAAUCCACGAAUGGUUAUGAACUAAGAAUAGCCAACAGGCUCUUUGGAGAAAAGACAUACCUCUUCCUUCAAAAAUACUUAGAUUAUGUGGAAAAAUAUUACCACGCUUCUCUGGAACCUGUUGACUUUGUAAAUGCAGCAGACGAAAGUCGAAAGAAGAUUAAUUCCUGGGUCGAAAGCCAAACAAAGGAAAAAAUCAAGGACCUGUUUCCAGAUGGUUCUCUAGACAGCUUCACCAAGCUGGCGCUGGUGAACACAGUUUACUUUAAAGGGCAAUGGGACAGGGAGUUUAAGAAAGAAAAUACCAAAGAGGAAGAGUUUUGGCUGAAUAAGAGUGCGAGCAAAGGUGUGCCAAUGAUGACACAGACCUGUACCUACAGCUUCAUUUUCCUGGAGGACUUACAAGCCAAGAUUCUGGGAAUUCCGUAUAGAAACAAUGACCUAAGCCUGUGUGUGUUGCUGCCCAAUGACACAGAUGGCCUGGAGAAGAUUAUAGAUCAAAUAACUCCAGAAAAUUUAGUAGAGUGGACUAACCCGGGGCAUAUGGAAGAAAGGAACGUGACCUUGCACUUACCGCGGUUUGAAGUGGAAGAUGGGUACGAUAUGGAGGCCCUGGAGGCCGUCUUGGCAGCCAGGGGGCCGGCAGACGCUUUCAGCGAGUACAGAACGGACUCUCUGGGGCUGUCCUCACACUCCGGGCUGCAGGCGAAGAAGUUCCUGCACAGGGCCUUUGUGGCGGUCACCGAGGAAGGGACUGAGGCCGCAGCAGGCACCGGUGUGGGCUUUGCUCUCACACUGGCGCCGGGUUACGAACAUUUUCAUUGCAAUCACCCUUUCCUGUUCUUCGUCAGGCACAAUGAGUCCAACAGCAUCCUCUUCUUUGGUAGAUUCUCUUCUCCUUAG